UGCUCUGUGUUUGACUGGUGUGGUCUGGUUGUAGUCUUUAGCGCAUUAGGUGUCCUGGGAUCCGCGGUGACGUUAUCGGCAGGGCUGAGCCAUGUGACGGGGGCGUUGGCCUCUGGGGAAGGGGAGGGGCUACAGAGCUCUCUGGGCGAAGAGGAUGAGGAGGAACUGGAGCUGGAUGAAGAUCUGUCGGGAGGUUCACCUACAGAUGGCUCACCCCAAGGUAGGACUGUCAGACAACCCCUCACCCCUAACCCCUCACCCCUACCCCCUCUCUCCAAUCUGUCUCCAUCUGUCUCCAUCUGGCCCCAUCUGUAUCCAUAUCUCUCCCAUCUUUCUCCAUCUGUCUCCCAUCUGUCUUCAUCUGUCUCCAUCUCUCUCCAUCUGUUUCCAUCUCUCUCCCAUCUGUCUCCAUCUGUCUCCAUCUGUCUUCAUCUGUCUCCAUAUGUCUCCAUCUAUCUCCAUAUGUCUCCAUCUAUCUCCAUAUGUCUCCAUCUAUCUCCAUCUAUCUCCAUAUAUCUCCAUCUAUCUCCAUAUGUCUCCAUCUCUCUCCAUAUGUCUCCAUCUAUCUCCAUAUGUCUCCAUCUAUCUCCAUAUGUCUCCAUCUAUCUCCAUCUAUCUCCAUAUGUCUCCAUCUAUCUCCAUAUGUCUCCAUCUAUCUCCAUCUAUCUCCAUAUGUCUCCAUCUAUCUCCAUCUAUCUCCAUAUGUCUCCAUCUAUCUCCAUCUAUCUCCAUAGUACUCCAUCUAUCUCCUAUGUCUCCAUCUAUUCCAUUGUCUCCAUCUAUCUCCAUCUAUCUCCAUAUGUCUCCAUCUGUCUUCAUCUGUCUCCAUAUGUCCAUCUAUUCCAUAUUUCUCAUCUAUCUCCAUAUGUCUCCAUCUAUCUCCAUCUAUCUCCAUAGUAUCUCCAUCUAUCUCCAUUUCUCACUGUCUCCAUAUGUCUCCAUUAUCUCCAUUGUCUCCAUAUGUCUCCAUCUAUCUCCAUAUGUCUCAUCUAUCUCCAUAUGUCUCCAUCAUCUCAUCUUCUCCAUGAUCUCCAUCUAUCUCAUAUGUCUCCAUCUUCUCCAUAGGUCUUCCAUCUAUCUCCAUAUGUCUCCAUCUAUCUCCAUAUGUCCAUCUAUCUCAUAUGUAUCUCAUCUAUCUCCAUCUAUCUCCAUAUGUCUCCAUCUAUUCCUAUGUCUCCAUCUAUGCUCAUCUAUCUCCAUAUGUCUCAUCUAUCUCCAUCAAUCUCCAUACUCUCCAUCUAUCUCCUCUAUACUCCAUAUGUCUCCUUAUCUCCAUAUGUCUCCAUAUCUCCAUAUCUCAUCUAUCUCCAUCUAUCUCCAUAUGUUUCCAUCUAUCUCCAUAUGUCUCCAUCUAUCUCCAUAUGUCUCCAUCUGUCUCCAUCUAUCUCCAUAUGUCUCCAUCUAUCUCCAUAUGUCUCCAUCUAUCUCCUAUCUCCAUAUGUCUCCAUCUAUCUCCAUCCCCAUAUGUCUCCAUCUAUCUCCAUAUGUCUCCAUCUAUCUCCAUAUGUCUCCAUCUAUCUCCAUCUAUCUCCAUAUGUCUCCAUCUAUCUCCAUAUGUCUCCAUCUGUCUCCAUAUGUCUCCAUCUAUCUCCAUAUGUCUCCAUCUAUCUCCAUAGUCUCCAUAUCUCCAUAUGCUCCUCCAUCUAAUCUCCAUAUGUCUCCAUCUAUCUCUCCAUAUGUCUCCAUCUAUCUCCAUGUCUCCAUCUAUCUCCAUAUGUCUCCAUCUAUCUCCAUAUGUCUCCAUCUAUCUCCAUAUGUCUCCAUCUGUCUCCAUAUGUCUCCAUCUAUCUCCAUCUGUCUCCAUCUAUCUCCAUAUGUCUCCAUCUAUCUCCAUAUGUCUCCAUCUAUCUCCAUAUGUCUCCAUCUAUCUCCAUAUGUCUCCAUCUGUCUCCAUAUGUCUCCAUCUAUCUCCAUCUGUCUCCAUCUAUCUCCAUAUGUCUCCAUCUAUCUCCAUAUGUCUCCAUCUGUCUCCAUAUGUCUCCAUCUAUCUCCAUAUGUCUCCAUCUAUCUCCAUAUGUCUCCAUCUGUCUCCAUAUGUCUCCAUCUGUCUCCAUAUGUCUCCACCUGUCUGUAAUAUUAAAGGAUAGUAAACCUGUGGUUUCCCAGCAGUGCUGCGUCCCAGUAAAGACCAAAAAAGAAAGAGGAAGAGUCAGAAAGGAAAGAGGAAGAACAGGAACGAUAGUAACAAUAGCACCACAACCUUCAAUCCUGAACACACAUCAGGACACACGCCGGAGUUCACGACACACCAGACGUCAGGGCGUGUUACAGAGGACCCUUGUAGCUCCUCCCACCAGGCAUACUGUAUCCACGGAAACUGCAAGUACAUGGCGGACCUGAGAGAGCCAGUGUGUGUGUGAGUACAACACAAAUCUACUUUUAGUACAAUGUGUGUGUGUGUGUGUGUGUGUGUGUGUGUGUGUGUGUGUGUGUGUGUGUGUGUGUGUGUGUGUGUGUGUGUGUGUGUGCGGAUGGAUGGAUGAUGGAUGGAUUUAAGGAAGGAAGGGUUGAUGGAUUGAUGGAUGGGAAUGAUGGAUUGGAUAGAUAGACUGAUUCAUUGAUUCAUUGAUUGACUGACCAAUUGUUUGAUUGACUAACUGACUGACUGACUUAUGUUUUGAUUUAUUGAUUGAUAGAUGAGUUGAUUUAUUAAUUGAUUGAUCCUCUCCCCUGCAGGUGUGAGAGGGGUUAUGACGGCGAGCGCUGUGGUAUCCUGCUCCUGCCUACGAGGAACGACGAAGAGGAGGAGAGCAGCAGAGCUGAGGUGGUUCAGACUGUUCUGGUCAUCAUAGCUGUGGUCCUCUCCAGCAUCAGCUGCCUCGCCAUACUACUCUUGACCUGCGCACAGUGAGUAUAGACCUAAUACAACCAUAACACAACAUUAACACAACCAUAACACAACAUUAAUACAACCAUAACACAACAUUAACACAACCAUAACACAACAUUAACACAACCAUAACACAACAUUAACACAACCAUAACACAACAUUAAUAAAAACCAUAACACAACCGUAACACAACCCAACCAUACUACUCAUGACCUGCGCACAGUGAGUAUAGACCUAAUACAACCAUAACACAACAUUAAUACAACCAUAACACAACACUAAAAGCUACUACAAGCUUCACUCCGUUGAUCUAUGUGCGUGCGGAUGGAGUGGGAUUUUUGGAGCAGCGGACACCUUUUGGUAGCAUGAUAUCCGCACCGGUCCCACUCCCAUUCACAAAGUGGAAAGCAAGGAAGCCUUCCCUUUGAUCAUCUACAGAUCUCUGAUAGAGCCGGUGGAAUGAACUGAGAGGGCAAGAACAAGAUGUAUGUCAGGAGAAGUGGAGUAUUAUCACAAGGAGACGUAUACUUGGAAUACGGAGGAGGAGGAAUGGAGGGAAAAAGAGAGGAAGUGAGGAAGAAGGUGAGUUGGGUAAAAAUGGAGGAACAAAGGGAGAUGGUUUUUUGAAAAAUAAUGGUAGAAGGUGUAAGCAGAGUGAGUCGUACGCCGGAUCGAGGUCUGGAGGAGAAAUGGAAGUGAAUGAGGGCGAAGUAUCAGAGGUGGCAGGUGUGGUGAAGUUCUCUGAGCCCGAGGCUAGCACCGAGGGUCAGGAGAAAGAUGAGUCUGUGACGGUAGGAGUGAAGUUUUUGGAGAAGGCGGACCCUUGUCUUUUGGCUGAUCCCGUUGUGGUGUCAGGGUGGGUGAAAACAGAGUUGGGUGCUGUGGAAUCGGUGAGGGUAACCAGAAGUGGUCUGGUGAUAAUUGUUUGUGUUUCUGCUGGUCAGAGGGAGCAGGCGCUCCAUGUUAAAUUAAUGUUGACAAGAGAUGUGAAUUGUUUUGCGCUCAAGAAAAGGGCGCCAUUGAAAGGAGUGAUUACUGGGGUAGCGGUAAAUGUGAAAGUUGACCAACUGAAGGGGAAGAUUCCCGGUGUUUGUGAUGCUCGUCGUUUGGUGCGAUGCAGACAGAAACAGAAGAGUCGUUGUCUGUUGAGUCUCUGCCCGACAAAGUGAUGUUAAGAUGUUUCAGUUAUCCCGUACGAGCUUAUGUGCAGAAUACUUUACGUUGUUACAGGUGUCAAGCUUAUGGGCAUGUGACAGCAGUGUGUAGGAGGGAGGUUCCUAGGUGUGAGAAGUGUGCAGAAGGGCAUGAGACAAAGGAAUGUGUAGCAUUGGGGAAAGUAGUGGUAUGUGCUAAUUGUAGGGGUGCCCAUGGGGCUGGGGAUCAGAAGGGUCCGGUGCGAGAGAGGCAGGUUGAGGUUACCAGGGUUAGAGUAGAGCAGAGGGUGUCAUAUGCUGAGGCAGUGAAGAAAGUUGAGGAAGAUGGGUCAAGGGGGAGGGAUCCAGAGAGGAGUGGUGUGAGUAGUAGAUCUGUACCAGUACAGAGGGAUAGGCCAACAAGUGAUAUACUGUAUGCUUCAGUAAGAUUGGCUUUUUGGCGUUCACAGCAAUGGUGAGCAACUGUACUGCAGGGAUGGAACGUAAGUCACAGAAAAUAGACGUUGUGGUGGCCAGUUGCGGAUAAGUAUUUGGGUGUACGAGAUUUGACGUCAGAAGAGUUACAGGAUGUGUCGAGUGGUGGUGUCCCGUCCCGUCCUUUCAUUCUGUUGGCCUGAGGUAGGACUAAAUAGUGGAGUAGGGUGGUGGGUUUUUAAUGAGUGUAGGGUUAGAUGGUAGAGUAUUUGUUGAUUUAUUUUCCUUUUUUUCAAGCAAAGUAUAAGGGAGUUAUACUCCAGUCUAGUUGAUAAUGCAACGUUUAUUGGAUGCCAACCGCCAUUAAACCUCAUCGAAUAAGAAGAAGCCUUCCCUUGCUAGUAGUAGCUAGCUGCCUUUAGCCUGGCUAGCUGCCUUUAGCCUGGCUAGCUGCCUUUAGCCUGGCUAGCUGCCUUUAGCCUGGCUAGCUGCCUUUAGCCUGGCUAGCUGCCUUUAGCCUGGCUAGCUGCCUUUAGCCUGGCUAGCUGCCUUUAGCCUGGCUAGCUGCCUUUAGCCUGGCUAAAAACAUAGCAAGCUAGCUAGCCUUUUUAGCUUCCCUCAUCUCCAUCUGAAAUAAUCAGAUUUAUAUAAUUUAAGAAAUAUGCCCCGGCAAAUAUUUGUAUACUUAUCGGUGUAUCCUAAAACAUUAUCCCAGUUUGAUAUGCUGCUUGUGUAUUAAUUCCCAUAUUAGCUAAAAAUAGAACAUCCUCAUGUUUUGGUCAAAGAGAAAAAUAGCACAUGGCUAGCUAGUUGGCUACAGCAGGUUCUACCGUUUCACAACAGCCUGGAAUCAGUAGUUAUUACUUCGAAACAAAAUACCUUUUGGGUGGAUAAUUGUUGUUUGGUUUACUGUUUGAACAGUCGCUGAGAUUAUAUUUUGCUAUCAAUGCAAAAUAGGCUACUUUGAUGAAUAGCCUAUAGAUCAGAUCAAGGAACCAAGCGACAACUCUGCCCCCACGGCUGCGGGAAGGAAUCAUACGGCGUGUCUCAAUUUUCAGGUAGAACAAAAGUACGUUGAAUGCCGGAGCGUAUUACAAGGAGCCGGCCCUUUUGUGGCGUAAAAAACGACAUUGCAACACUGCACUACGCUCCAAAUCCUGCGUCUCCAUAGAGCUUGUAGUGAGUUUCACACAACCUAACACAACACAACCGUACUGCUCAUGACCUGCAGACAGUAAGUAUAGACGUAAUACAACCAUAACACAACGUUAAUACAACCAUAACACAACCAUAAUGCAACCCAACCGUACUGCUCAUGACCUGCAGACAGUAAGUAUAGACGUAAUACAACCAUAACACAACGUUAAUACAACCAUAACACAACCAUAAUGCAACCCAACCGUACUGCUCAUGACCUGCACACAGUGAGUAUAGACCUAAUACAACCAUAACACAACGUUAAUACAACCAUAACACAAUGUUAAGACAACCAUAACACAACUUUAAUACAACCAUAACACAACGUUAAUACAACCCAACCAUACUGCUCAUGACCUGCGCACAGUGAGUAACAAUGACACAACGUUAAUACAACCAUAUCACAACUUUAACACAAUGUUAACACAACCCUAAUUCAACCAUAACACAACUUUAACAUAAUGGUAGUGACACGAACACUCCAAAACAGCCCUUACCUCAACAUAAUGCAUCAUUAAAACCCCUGAACACACCCCUACAAACCCUUAUACACCCCCUCACCCACACUGACAUACCUUGAUAUUGCUCAAGACGAUAUCAAGGCAAUACCUUUAUAACUAUAAGAAUUCAUAUAUUUACUUGGACAUAGCCUGAUGCAUACAAAGGUAGACUUAGCACACACACACUGGGAUACACACAGACGCUCCAUACCUUAUCAAUCAGUAACCCUAUUAUCUAAUUUACUAGUAUCGUCUGAAUGAGGGACAAAGUCAACAGUCCAAGUCAGAGCAAAUAUAAUAAAUGGGCCUGGGAUUCCUCAUAAAGGCCUACAGUUUUUACUGUUCAGAUAGGAGAUAGCAGUGGUCUGGUUCAGACAGGAGAGAGCAGUGAUCUGGUUCAGAUAGGAGAUAGCAGUGGUCUGGUUCAGACAGGAGAGAGCAGUGAUCUGGUUCAGACAGGAGAUAGCAGUGGUCUAGUUUAGAUAGGAGAUAGCAGUGGUCUAGUUUAGACAGGAGAAAGCAGUGAUCUGGUUCAGACAGGAGAAAGCAGUGGUCUAGUUCAGAUAGGAGAUAGCAGUGGUCUGGUUCAGACAGGAGAGAGCAGUGGUCUAGUUUAGACAGGAGAUAGCAGUGGUCUGGUUCAGAUAGGAGAUAGCAGUGGUCUGGUUCAGAUAGGAAAGAGCAGUGGUCUGGUUCAGAUAGGAGAUAGCAGUGGUCUGGUUCAGAUAGGAGAUAGCAGUGGUCUGGUUCAGAUAGGAGAUAGCAGUGGUCUGGUUCAGAUAGGAGAUAGCAGUGGUCUGGUUCAGAUAGGAGAUAGCAGUGGUCUGGUUCAGAUAGGAGAUAGCAGUGGUCUAGUUUAGACAGGAGAUAGCAGUGGUCUGGUUCAGACAGGAUAGAGCAGUGGUCUGGUUCAGAUAGGAGAUAGCAGUGGUCUGGUUCAGAUAGGAGAUAGCAGUGGUCUGGUUCAGAUAUGAGAUAGCAGUGGUCUGGUUCAGACAGGAGAUAGCAGUGGUCUGGUUCAGACAGGAGAUAGCAGUGGUCUGGUUCAGACAAGAGAGAGCAGUGGUCUGGUUCAGAUAGGAGAUAGCAGUGGUCUAGUUCAGACAAGAGAGAGCAGUGGUCUGGUUCAGAUAGGAGAUAGCAGUGGUCUAGUUCAGAUAGGAGAUAGCAGUGGUCUGGUUCAGACAGGAUAUAGCAGUGGUCUGGUUCAGAUAGGAGAUAGCAAUGGUCUGGUUCAGAUAGGAGAUAGCAAUGGUCUGGUUCAGAUAGGAGAUAGCAGUGGUCUAGUUCAGACAGGAGAAAGCAGUGGUCUGGUUCAGAUAGGAGAUAGCAGUGGUCUGGUUCAGACAAGAGAGAGCAGUGGUCUGGUUCAGAUAGGAGAUAGCAGUGGUCUAGUUCAGACAAGAGAGAGCAGUGGUCUGGUUCAGAUAGGAGAUAGCAGUGGUCUAGUUCAGAUAGGAGAUAGCAGUGGUCUGGUUCAGACAGGAUAGAGCAGUGGUCUGGUUCAGAUAGGAGAUAGCAAUGGUCUGGUUCAGAUAGUAGAAUAGCAAUGGGUCUGGUUCAGAUAGGAGAUAGCAGUGGUCUAGUUCAGACAGGAGAAAGCAGUGUCUGGUUCAGACAGGAGAUAGCAGUGGUCUGGGGUUCAGAUAGGAGAUAGCAGUGGUCUAGUUCAGACAGGAGAUGCAGUGGUCUGGUUUCAGAUAGGAAAUAGCAGUGGUCUAGUUCAGACAGUAGAAAGCAGUGGUCUGGUUCAGACAGGAGAUAGCAGUGUCUGGUUCAGAUAGGAUAUAGCAGUGGUCUGGGUUCAGACAGAGAAAGCAGUGGGUCUGGUUCAGACAGGAGAAAGCAGUGGUCUGGUUCAGAUAGGAGAUAUCAGUGGUCUGGUUCAUAUAGAGAUAGCAGUGUCUGGGUUCAGAUAGGAAUAGCAGUGGUCUAGUUCAGACAGGAGAGAGCAUGGGUCUGGUUCAAUAGGAGAUAGCAAUGGUCCUGGGUUCAAAGGAGAUAGUCAGUGGGGACUGGUUCAGACAGGAGAUAGCAGUGGUCUAGGUUCAGACAGGAGAUAGCAGUGGUCUAGUUCAGAUAUGAGAUAGCAGUGGUCUGGUUCAGAUAGGAGAUAGCAGUGGUCUAGUUCAGACAGGAGAGAGCAGUGGUCUGGUUCAGAUAGGAGAUAGCAGUGGUCUGGUCACAUACUGGGUAAACUUAUACAGUACUGCUUGCUCUGAUUACAUGACUUGUGCCUGACAAAUGUUCUGUUAAUAGCUGAUAUUUGAAAGUAUUUUUUUUAUUGACUGGUAUUCUGUUAUCGACAGUGAAAUUCAAUCAAACUUAAUACAUUUGACACAGUGUGUUUAUCAAAACUAUGAAUCAAUUUGUGUGUUGCGUUUGCUCUGAUUGUUGCUGUGGCAACGAGGAGCAAAGAACUAUAUCAUCCACAGUGUUACCUAAGACUAAUUAGUUUGACGAUGCUGCUAACGACAUGAGUGAUAGUAGAGCCAUAUACAGUUCAAUCGAGUACAGGCUUAACUGAAUGACAACAGAGACAGAGUACAAUCUGGAAUUGUAUUUAAUAGUUUGGGGGUAGACCUCGUCUCCGAGGGAAUGCUCCUCAGAGCCAGGUUGCCAUAUGGUGGGCAGGUGGCAUCGAAUCCCCCUCCCCCUUUUGCCAUAAGGUUUGAGUUGACAUGUGGACACCUGCUCGUCAAACAUCUCAUUCCAAAAUCAUGGGCAUUAAUAUGGAGUUGUUCCCCCUCUUUGCUGCUAUAACAGCCUCCACUCUUCCUGGGAAGGCUUUCUACUAGAUGCUGGAACAUUGCUGCGGGGACUUGCCUCCGUUCAGCCACAAGAGCAUUAGUGAGGUCGGGCACUGAUGUUGGGCGAUUAGGUCUGGCUCUCAGUCGGUGUUCCAAUUCAUCCCAAAGGUGUUCGAUGGGGUUGAGGUCAGGGCUCUGUGCAGGCCAGUCAAGUUCUUCCACACCGAUCUCGACAAACCAGUUUGUGCACGGGGUCAUUGUCAUGCUGGAACAGGAAAGGGCCUUCCCCAAACUGUUGCCACAAAGUUGGAAGCACAGAAUAGUCUAGAAUAUCGGAGUGCCAAGUCUAGGUCCAAAAGACUUCUCAACAGCUUCUACCCCCAAGUCAUAAGACUCCUGAACAGCUAAUCAUGGCUACUCGAACUAUUUGCACUGCAAACAAAAUACAGCUAAUGUAAGCUAACCAUGGGUAAUAUUGAGUCCAUGGCUCAUCUGAAUCGAUUUUACAUUCAACUGUGUCAUGCUGGAAUACUGAACUCCAAUCUGUGUUAGAAGACUGAUUUCUGAAUCCUGGUAGGAUUCUACGGUAGUGUAGUGGAUGUUAAACUAGCCCAUAGUAUGUUGGCUGGAGUCCAAUGGUGUGGUUCACAUUCCCUGAGAUCUAAAGCCAACAGAAUGAAAGACUUGUCUCUCUUUGGCUUUGGAUGCCUGCUGUUCGAUUCAAUUCGAGCCCCAUUUGGCAGAACGGAAUGCACCCUAAAGGAGUUAACUAACGUCCCUCCCUCUCUGUGUGUCUGUUUGCUACCAGUUACAGGACUCAUAAGAACUUCCUGGCUGCCUACCUGGGUUCCGGCAGUGAGAAGGAACAGCUCCAGAAAACCACACCCUGUGACAUCACAGUGUGACCAUCAGCAGGUAAGACACACACCUCUCCUACACGUACCCACUAAGACUGCAACAAACCCCACACAUACACACUCAGGCACGUGUGUGUGUUGUGUGUGAUUGCGUCACAUGAGGAAGUGUAAGAAUGCAGUAUUAGACUGUAUUACUGAUGGUGUCUCCAAACCACACACACACACACACACACACACACACCCACGUACGCUUGCCCACACACAUGCUCUCUCUCUCUCUCUCUCUCUCUCUCUCUCUCUCUCUCUCUCUCUCUCUCUCUCUCUCUCUCUCUCUCUCUCUCUCUCUCUCUCUCUCUCUCUCUUCUCUCCUCUCUCUCUCUCUCUCUCUCUCUCUCUCUCACACACACACAAAUGUCUAAGUCACUGUAACCUCACCCACCCACAUAAAUCCUGUCCCUACAGCUAAACAAACGGGCCUUUCAACAUUCUCCACAUAUCUGUCUGUCAAUCACAUGAAUUACAGGCUCCGCCUUGCUUUAGACUGGUCUCUGGUCUGGUCUCUGGUCUCUGGUCUCUGGUCUCUGUUCUAUGAUGUACCAAAGCCUUUUACAUUCUUUACCCAGAUUUUCCUGUCAGACUUGGAUUCAAACCGGUGACCCUCAGGUUGCUGGUCCACCUCUCUAACCUCCUAGCUAACAUACCUGUCCCACAUCUCCUGGCUAACAUACCUGUCCCACGUCUCCUGGCUAACAUACCUGUCCCACGUCCCCUGGCUAACAUACCUGUCCCACGUCCCCUGGCUAACAUACCUGUCCCACGUCCCCUGGCUAACAUACCUGUCCCACGUCCCCUGGCUAACAUACCUGUCCCACGUCACCUUUCUUUUCCUGGUGGUCUUUAUUACUGACAAUUUGCUCUCUUCUCUUACUCUAGAGAACUUAAAGGUCUGGAACCAUAAUCUAGAACCAUGAGAACCGGAACAACCAGAGGAGAACCGGUGCCGACUCCUGCCCAAUGGAGUGAUCUACUGAACAGACAGCAGAGCGCUCUGUAGAAGAACCAGCGUAGAACCGCCUUGAAGAACCACAUAGAACCGCCUUGUUAUUAUUUAUUUGAUUUUACUUAUUUAUUGAUGACAGAAUUUUUGUUUUGACUGGGUUUGUGUUAGAUGUGAUUGGACCGUGAUGUUGAGCAUACCGUCCAAUAAUUUCACUACUAAGUUAUUGCUUAUUUAUUGCCAUGCCUCUCCUAGGGAACAACAGAGAGAUGCAGGUAUCGACGAUACUGGACAUAGAUGGAAUCUAUCAGUUCACCAAUAAAGUCCCUCAGUG